AUGUUUCAAGAUCAAAAUGAACUUACUAAAUCAUUAAGAAAUCUUCUUGUAUCAUGGCAUUAUACAAUUCAAAAUAAAUUAGUUGUUCGUCAACAUCUAAGUACAAUAACAGCAACAACAUUAAACAAUAGUAAUAUGAUUCAAAUUACAAUAUCAAUGCAAACAAAUGAAAAUGGUUUAGAUGUAGUUGAAAAAGUUGAUCCCAUUCAAAAUCAAACAAUUAAUGAUAUGGAUCAAGAAUCAGCAACAAAUCAUUCACUCAAUCAUGCGCUAGCUUUAGUUGUGGAAGAAAAUCCGAUUGUAAUAUCAACUAUAUCAAAAAAUGGAUCUAUGUCAUCGAAGAAACAAUCUUCACAACCUGUUGUCGAUGAAAAUAUUUUUGAGACAAUUGAGAGCAGUUCUUUUAAUAUUGAACCUGUAACUAAAGCAUCGCAACAUCCGAAAAAACGUAAAUCAACAACAUCCUACGAAUAUAUAACAAGAUCUUCAAUUCGUCUAUAA